AUGUCCAACAAUUUGUGGAACUGGAGCUAUGACUACCUCUACUCUUAUUUCAGGCUUGCACUAGGACUGUCUGACUAUCCUACACUAAUCAUCUGCCCACUCUGCAGCAAUAUCUUCUUCAACUCUGCUAAUUACUUGCACCAUUUUACCUGUCACUUUGGCCACCGUGAAACCCCUCUCUUCGGCACUCCAUUCAGACCCAUUCUUCCUUUUCCGGCACCACAACCGCUACUUCCACUAACCCUUCAAAACAACCAACGUAUACUCCGCCGUCCGCCUCCGAGACGCUACUUCCGGCGCCAUGCACUUCCAACUUUUACUCAGAGGUCAUUGGCCUUUCCCUUCUCUCUGAGAAACUCCAUGCAUGGUGUCGAUUCAACUCCGGCGUCGCAAACCCUCCCGCCGGGUCCAAGCAACGUGCAUGGUGCAUAUCAAACGCCCAUGCAGAAUUUGAUACAAUAUGGCUUACGAGCUGAGAGUCGUCAAGAAAUGAAUGAGCCUCCGGCAGAUCCGACGAGAGGAUAUCUUGAUCAGUUGGAUCUUCCUGUCCCGGAGGUGGUGGAGCUGAAUGAGAGUGAUGGUGAUGUUAUUGAGUUGGAUUUGAACUUAAGGCUCUAA